AUGCCUCUUACUGAUAAAAAAGGCGAGGUAAAAGGAAACUUAAAUUUUGCUGCUACUCCAACUACAGAAGCAAGUCAGUGUCCUCCCCAAUCUCAAGCCACUGCUACUAAAUCACAAUAUAGACCAAAGCUAAUUAUUAAAAGGAAUAAAACUACAUCAACUCAGGAGUCAAUACCACAUCAACAAGGUGCUCCAUUUGCAAGUCAAGUAGAGAUUGUGGAGAACAUAUUUUGGAUGGUGGAGGGUGUAAUGGAGGUGGUGGCAACCGUCGAUUGGCUUGGGGAGUUGCAGAGGAUGGAGGAAGUGGCGGCGGUGGCAAAGAAUGAGGUGGAGGGCAGAGGUUUAUGUUUACACAACAAUAGCAACGGCAACCUCAUCACUCCCUCCAGUGAUGAUGACCUCAGAAACGUCUUUCACCAAAUCAGAACAACCAAAAACCCUGCCGUAAUUAAUUAUGGCGCUUCUUGGUGUCGCGUUUGCAGCCAGAUCCUGCCUUCAUUUUGUCAAUUGAGCAACAAGUUUCCACAAUUAUCUUUCAUAUAUGCAGAUAUCGACGAAUGGCCAGAAAGCACUCAGCAUAUUCGGUACACACCAACUUUUCAUUUCUACCGAGAUGGUGAAAGAGUUGAUGAGAUGCUUGGUGCUGGAGAGGAGAGGCUGCGAGAUUGUUUGUGGUUGCAUUCCUGA